CGCUGCCGCCGCCGCCGCCACUGCUUUGGCUGCUGCGUCAUACGCCCCAGAGCAGCCGGGACGGAGGGGCCGGGCCUGGGGACCCCCCCAGUCUCUGUUUGCCCCCUCCCCCGGACGCCUGGACACCUCGCCCCCCGCCCCGGCCCCCCCACGGCUCCCCCUCCCCAGCUCCCCGGCGGCCGCAGCUGUCACCGGCUCCCCAGGAUGCAAUGGCGCAGCCCUCCCGGCUGAGCCGCUCUGCUGCCCCCCAACCCUGGGAGCCCACUCCCCCAGCCCCUCCCCCAGGUACCAGACCCCGGCUUUGGGAGGGGCAAGAUGUUCUGGCCAGAUGGACCGAUGGACUGCUUUACCUGGGAACUAUCAAGAAGGUGGAUAGUGCUCGGGAGGUCUGUCUAGUCCAGUUUGAAGAUGAUUCCCAGUUUCUGGUUCUGUGGAAAGACAUUAGCCCUGCUGCCCUCCCUGGAGAAGAGCUCCUGUGCUGUGUCUGUCGAUCUGAGUCUGUGGUCCCUGGGAACCGACUGGUCAGCUGUGAGAAAUGUCGACAUGCCUAUCACCAGGAUUGCCACAUUCCAAGAGCCCCAGCCCCUGAAGAAGGAGAUGGCCCAUCCCCUUGGGUCUGCAGGCAGUGUGUCUUUGCAAUCGCCACCAAGAGGGGAGGUGCCCUGAAGAAGGGUCCUUAUGCACGGGCAAUGCUGGGGAUGAAGUUGUCUCUACCGUAUGGGCUGAAGGGGCUGGACUGGGAUGCAGGACACCUGAGCAACCGGCAGCAGAGCUACUGUUACUGCGGGGGCCCUGGGGAGUGGAAUCUAAAGAUGCUCCAAUGUCGGAGUUGCCUCCAGUGGUUUCACGAGGCUUGCACUCAGUGUCUGAGCAAACCCCUCCUGUAUGGAGACAGGUUCUACGAGUUUGAGUGCUGUGUCUGCCGAGGGGGACCUGAAAGUGUCAAGAGACUUCAGCUUCGAUGGGUGGAUGUUGCACAUCUUGUCCUCUAUCACCUCAGUGUUUGCUGCAAGAAGAAAUAUUUUGACUUUGACCGAGAGAUCCUGCCGUUCACUUCAGAGAACUGGGACAGCUUACUCCUGGGGGAGCUCUCGGACACCCCUAAGGGAGAGCGUUCCUCCCAACUUCUCUCUGCUCUCAACAGCCACAAGGACCGGUUUAUCUCUGGGAAAGAGAUAAAGAAACGGAAAUGUCUGUUUGGGCUCCAUGCUCGGACUCCUCCCCCUGUGGAACCCCCCCCUGGAGAUGGAGCACACACCAGCUUCCCUUCAGGGCAGGGCCCGGGGGUGGGGGUCUCACGCCCCCUGGGGAAGCGUCGGCGACUGGAGCCAGAGCCUCGGAAGAAGAAACCACCAAAGGAGAAGGAAGAAGAACUGGGGGAAUCCCAGGAGGGUCGGGAUCAGCCAGAACCCAGGGAGCAGAGGGAGCGGGCACGUCUUCGGAGGGCGCUGCAGGCUUCAGUGUCUCCACCUCCCUCCAGCCCUAACCAGAGCUACCAGGGCAGCAGUGGCUACAAUUUCCGGCCCACGGAUGCCCGCUGCCUGCCCAGCAGCCCCAUCCGGAUGUUCGCCUCCUUCCACCCCUCGGCCAGCACUGCAGGAACCCCUGGGGAUGGAGACCCCCCAGACAGGUCACCCCUGGACCUUCAAGUUGCUGGUUUCCCUUCAGAUUCCCCAAGGAGUGUUCCCCACUCAACGACAUCUUCAUCCCCAGGCCCCUCCCCUGUUCCCUCCCGAAGAUCAGCUCCCCAGGGUCCUUCCCCUCUAUGUCGUGGUUUAUCUCCUGGAGCUGGUGUGGGAACCCGGGUAGGGGCUGGGUACCUGUCCCGAGGAGACCCUGUCCGUGUGCUGGCUCGGAGGGUUCGACCUGAUGGCUCUGUACAGUACCUUGUAGAGUGGGGUGGGGGAGGCAUCUUCUAGAAAGAGGACCUGAUUCUUCCUCUCCCAAGCCCUUAUUCACAUACAUACAACAGGCACUUUCACACCCUGACUUCUGACCUCACCUGCAGCUGGGAUGUACCUGGGGGGGUGGUCUGGGGUGGGGGUCCUUCUCUACCACCCAGGCUAGAGUCAGGUGGGGAGAGGCCCCUUUCUUCCUCAACCACCCCUCCAUGAUUCCUGACCCUAAAGCCUUUUUUCCCAUUUCCCGUGAUAUUUUGUUACAGCUUUUUUUAUAUUUUUAAAAGUUAUUUAACCCCUUAGGGGAAGGGGAAGGGGAAUAGAAUAGGGAAUCCCGGGCUCUGUAUGGUUGGAAAUAAAGAUAAAUAUACCCUU